AUGGAGUCCUCUUGUUGGGACAAGGUCUCCCCAGCACAGAGGAGCCCCCAGCACGGUCAAGACUGGAGGUCCCUGGGGGUGGGUGGUGCUGGGGAGGCCACGCGGGGAGGGCUGUUCCCUGUUCCCUUCCCCUCAGGAGACAGCUGGCCCAAGGUGACACAGCACUGGAUGCGAUUUCAGGGUCGGACCACGCCAGCCCACAGCCACUGUGUGCCCCAGACCGCUGUGGACCACGCCAGCCCAUGGCCACUGCAUGCCCCAGACCAACACAAGAAGAGCACAGGCCGACAACAUCUUUGUCUAUGGUAGGGGCCACGGUUAUCCCUGCCCUGUCUCCCCCGGCUUCACGGCAUGCCGCACAUCAGAGACACGAUUCUCUCCGAAACCCUCAGUGGCUCCCUAGUAUCCGACAGAAGAAUCAAAACUGUGGCAGGCCUGCGAUGGCUUUGGUUGAGGAAAGAGGCCACACCCACAGCCAGCAGAACCACGCUCAGCAGCAGCCUAGCCCCGCGUGGAAGAGGCGUGAACACUCUCACUCUCGGGAGAGGUGGAUGUGCACUAACGGAUCCCAGCUCUGAUCUCUUUGAUUCACUGAAUAUGUUCCGGAAGCUUGUCUACUCGAAGGUCCGCAUUCAGGCCGGCAGGACCCCUGAACAGCAGAGAUCCCGCAGCUCCUCCCUGGACGCGGGGCUACGUUAUUCCUUCAGCACCUACUGGGAAGGUGAGAAGAAAGCAAAAGGCAUCACUCCCCACCCGCGAAAGCCUCACAGCAUCCCUGGAAAAGCGAACGAGAAGAACGGCUGGUCUGCGUUCAGAGCGGGUGAGGAGCAGAGCCCGGCCCGCUGCAGCAGAAUCACCGAGACUGAGAUCCUGCGGCCUGAGUUGGGGCCGGGGAAACCACGCCUGCAGGACUGCAGGGAGCAGCCGGGUUCUGCACAGGGAGGAGCAAACGGCUUCGGGGAGAGCCUGAACUCCCACAUCCCAGGUGUGGCUUGCCAGGGAGCACAGAGGAAGGAUGCAGGUCCCGAGAAGGAGGAGGCGCAGGAGGACGACAAGAGAGACAAGAGAGACAAGAGAGGCAGACGGCCCAGCAGCGGGCUGAGCGCAGAAUCCGGCUGA